GAGAGAAUGGAAAUAUAGAAAGUGUGAUAAAAGUGCCACCCUAUGAACCAAACACCACGCCACAGCCUGAUCGUUUAAAUCUAUUCAUACAGAUCGCUGCAAACUCUUGCGACAUGUAUGUGAUUCACUGCAUGACCCGAACUGAUGGUUUCAGCAGAUAACAGCUUGUGAUUGUGACUGCUUGAAAACCGUACUUCCUCAUAACGUGGUGCAGUGCCUUCCUGUUUGAAUAAGAUGACUUGUUUGUGGAGGGGGCAGCUAGCUUAGCAAUGAACAGGCUUAGAUUCUGUGUGCUCUGCUAAUCUGACUCACAAUGUAUUAGACUAAUGCAGCUCAGUGUUGAGAAUGCACCCACUGCACAACCACUGGAACCUAAGAUCGGAGCACGGAGGGCAGUUUACUGAACCUCCCUGUAUCGAUGCGGCGGGGUUCUUCAGAGAACAAUCUGGAUCUGGACCUCAGUGAUUCCAGUCCUGGUCCCGCCAUCGGUUUCGAGAUCCAGCGCAGUCGUUCCUGCUUGGACAACCUCCAGCAAAAGAUACUGAAAGUCACAGAGCAGCUGAAGAUUGAGCAAACGGCGAGAGACGAGAAUGUAGCCGAGUAUUUGAAGCUGGUGAACAGUGCGGAGAAGCAGCAGCUGGGGCGCAUCAAGCAGGUGUUUGAGAAGAAGAACCAGAAAUCAGCUCAAAAUAUCGCUCAGAUGCAAAAGAAGCUGGAGCAGUAUCAUCGAAAGAUGAAGGACAGUGAAAUCCAUCACAGCCCCACCCCUCAUCCGUCCGCUUUCAAGCACAGCACCAUCCCCAGGGAUUCGCCCAGAGAGCUGCUGAGGGAUAUGACGGGCAGUGGCCGACACCCGACCAUGGACAAGAUCAAGACCAUCGGACCAGGCGUCUCUCUCUCGCCACCUUUCUUCUUCAGCAAACCUAGAGAGUUCGCCAACCUCAUCAGGAACAAGUUUGGCAGCGCUGACAACAUCGCCCACCUCAAGACCAGUCUCGAUGCUUCCUCUCCGUUACCCACUGACAGUGCAGGAAAGGGGCUGAGCAGCAGCACCUCUAUGGUCAGCAAGCCCAAGUACCCCAGUGAUGACGAGUGCUCCUCGGAGUGCGCCUCUAUUUCAGCAGACAGUAACGGACACCCUGCGGCAGGAGGGGUGUCAGCGGGGCAGGCGCACAGUCAGGAGCAGCCAGCAGGUGGCGACAGUCACGGCAGACUGGCCCUGAGCCUGGAGGAGGUGAGGGAGGUUAAAGAAGCUCAAGGCCAGUUCGAGGAUGACAUGGAGGAGCUGAAGGCUCAGUUCAAGAGAGAGUUUGGCAUCCUCAGCCAAACACUGCAGGAAGAGAGAUACAGAUAUGAACAUUUGGAAGACCAGCUGAACGACCUGACGGAGCUUCACCAAAAUGAAAUGGCGAAUUUGAAGCAGGAACUGGCCAGCAUUGAGGAGCGGGUGGCCUACCAGGCACACGAGAGGGCCAGGGACAUACAGGAAGCCCUCGAGUCGUGUCAGACGCGAGUGUCCAAGCUGGAGCUCCAGCAGCAGCAGCAGCAGCAGACGGUCCAGCUCGAGAGCCACGACGCCCGGGUUCUGCUGGGGAAGAGCAUCAACAUCAUGCUGGCCAUCAUCACCGUCAUCCUGGUGUGCGUCUCCACCGUUGCCAAGUUCGCCGCCCCACUGAUGAGGAGCCGAUACCAUGUGGUCGCCACCUUCCUGGGGAUUUGCUUCUUGACCAUGUUCUGGAAGAAUUUGGACCGUUUACAGUACGCCAUGGACAGGUUGCUGGUGCUCGGCUGACCAUACUGAAAUCAGCAAUAACGCCACACUGUCAGUUGUUAGGAUAGUCUAAGAGGAUUGGUUGUACAAUCGUCAGAGGACACGAUCGCCAUUCAUCUACAGAAGUCACUGUUUUUUGUUUUUUUAAGUGAAAUUUUGGUGAUUUUCUUGUCUUAACUUGAAUGUUUGUAGCUAAUAAUUCCAUUUAAUCGUGACAUUAAUAUUUAUAACAGUAUAUUUUGUUAGAUCCUCACUGAUUGAUGAAAAACUAAUAAUCACAGGACACAAAAGGCCAAAAGGCAAGGGUGAAGAGAAAUGCUUUUCACCACAAUGCAGCAACAUGGGACUCGCUCUUUACCACGUUUUAAAAGAAUAGAAUCCAUAGAUCAGGCCAAAUUGAAGAAAAUGGUUAUUCUUUUCAUUUUGCCUCAGCUUAACUCAAUAUCACUGAAACUCUUGCAAUCGUGCACAUGGUGAAGAAGAAGGCUACGUCGACAUGUGCUUAUUUGCCCUCUUUCUGAUAGUAAAAUGAAAAGAUCGAUACCACACUCACAUCUGUAUGGCUACAAUCAGCUGCUGUUUAGCUUAGCUUAACAUAAACCCGUAACAUAUUGGUACAUGCGAUCGGGACGCUGGAAGAACUUGUUACUUUUAGACAGAGCCAGGCUCUCUGGGCCUGUUUCUCGUCUUUUUGCUAAGUUAAGCUAACAGGCUUCUGGUAUUACCUCCAUACUUAACUAGAUUUUCUAAUCAGACUUUCACCCAAAGAGGUGAACGAGUGUAUAUAUUUAAACUUUGAAUUAUUGAUUUGAAUGAGGAACCUACUGAGGCCUAUGUCACAAAUAAGUGCAUGUAAAGCGAAAGUAAGUCAAAGUCCACAUGAAGCCACAUCGCAGAGGGAAUGUUUUACCCCCCCCUGCGCUCAAACAAAUCUGAAGUGAACGGGAGAGGAAGGUUCGCGCUGAUACAUUCCCGCAUGGCAAAGAGGAAAUUACCGGUUUUCUACGUGUUUAUUUUCUUUAUCCCUCGCACGGGUGAGGAACGUUUUUCCUAUCAAGGGCUAUUCAAUGCGGUCGGUGCUAAAAGGCGACUGUGUCAGAUGGUAGUGGUGAUGAUGCUCCUCCGUCCAGGGUCUUAAGCAGAACCAAGUCUUUGCGAGUGUGAGUUUAGAAAAGAACAUUUGGGCGGUGAGAGUGUGUGGUACGUUACCUGAAGCUCCUUGUUGCUUCAACGAUUUCAUGUUGUGGUCAGUUGUCAGGCGCACAAGAUGGUUCCACAUUAAACGGAGUGGCAAAUAUGCUCGGCUCAGUUUCCCCAUGCAAAGACAUCAGCAUGUUCAGUGGAGGUCAUAUCAGGCGUUUGAUCUUGUAGGGUAGGAAAAUGCACAUUCACCCACAAUGCACAGUUUUACUUUUACAAUUUUAGAGGCAAGAAGGCUUAUGCGUGCGUUUCUUUCUCCCGGACUGACCUGACAGGCAGCUGUAGGGUUCCCCACUGAAGGAAACGUUAGCUUUUAUUGCAGAAAAAUCGAAAUCAAAUAAAUCAGUUGCUGUCAUGGGAAACUCUUUUAUAUUUAUGAAUUGUCCCACAGGCCUGAUCAACUGGUCUGGCAGCCUGGAGGCCGACGACUCCCCGCCCCUGUCUUAUGAUUGCCUUGUUUGACUUUUGCGGUCAGUCGUCUCUUAAAGUUUCUCCGUGUACUGGUCAUCGUGUUCAAAGUGCAAUAUAUUUGAUUUAAAGAAUGAUUCUUUUUAGGAGUGUGUUUGUUUAUAUAAAUAUUUUUACAGUGACAGGCUGUCGGUGUUGUCUGGAGUGGGGAGAGGGGGCUGUCAUUAAUGAUUGCAUGAGAGAUCAUAACCACUGAAGAAGCCACUGCUGGUGUGUGAUAAGACCAGCUGUCUCCUCUCUCUGGGGUCAAACAUGACUCUCACUGCGCUGGUAGCAUGGUGAUAUCAACACACGGCCGAAUCACCAGUGCAGUGACGCAUGCAUGUGCACCCAGGCAAACACUCGGCUCUCUGUAUUUACAUGUCUUAUGGGUGUUUUACCCACUCUCCAUGUCUUUUACUAAUAAUGUGAUUAAGAGGCAAUGGGUUAUACUGUGAUACAAGACAUUUUUCUCCGAGGAAAAAUGCAAUUCUCUUUUUUUAAAGACGCAACAAACAGCCUUCAGUGCUCUGUGGUGAUGACGGAGGAGCACAUUACAGUUUCUAAGUGUUGAAUUAUGAGCCUAUUUAAUGGACUGACUAAUGCUAUUUGUUUGUCUUAUGAACUUUGCCUGUAAGGAUCUCACAUGAAGCCACAGACCACUUUUUUUUAAUGUUUGUCUGCCACUUUAACAUUGUUUGUGUCGAUAUUUGUUCUUGUCAGCGACUGCAUCAUAUUGUGUUGUUUCUUUUUAAACGCAGUUGAGGAAGUUUGACCUGCAGAACUACAGAUCAGGUUUACAUUCUCUUCUCAUCUCUGGUGCACUGUGAUCAAUCAGUCGUAUCUUCAUGCAUCAUGUGCCUUCGUCUGACAAUUUCUGUUAAAUUAAACAACCCUUUUUAAACAA